CUCAGUUAGCUGAGGAGAAAGCGGCGCGGCGCGGCGCGGCGCGGCGCGGCGCCGGGAGGUGGGUUCUCGGCCAGCGCGGCGGGCAGAGAUGUCCCUGAGCCAGUGCCAAGCCAGCGGAGCCCAAGGAGCAGUAAUGACGAGAGGCCCUCAGGACUUCUGAGCUGCCCUGAAUUGCAGGUUAGGCCCAAAGCUAAGGACAGAAAACACAAAGUUCCUUCCUACAUUCUAAAUUCAGGGAGCUGUGAGCGGCUGGGGCCAGCCUCCUCCCACAGGGCUGAUGGAGAGGUGCCACCCCGGAGCCAGCCCUGCCCCCACCCUCUUCUUCUGCAGUGAACUUGAGACUGGGGGGGGCGGUGCUUAAGAUAAAUGUUCUUGAUGCAAGCAGAACCAGAAUGAUCUGGUCAUUUACCAAAACUCACGGAAGCAAACCUUGUGAUAACUCCGGACAGGGUACCAUCCCAGGUGGAAAGGAUAUGGGAUGGCAAACAGGUUAGCAGAGAAGCCUCAGACAGAGCGCUGGUGGAUUUAGCUGCUCUUUGCCCCCUCCUAGCAGCCCUGGGCCUCCUCCUGGGCACGCCCUGCGCUAUGGACUCCCCAGGCUACAACUGCUUUGUGGACAGAGAUAAGAUGGACGCCACCAUCCAGGACCUGGGGCCCAAGGAGCUGAGCUGCACCGAGCUGCAGGAGCUGAAGCAGCUGGCACGCCAGGGCUACUGGGCCCGCAGCUACACCCUGCGGGGGAAGGUGUACCAGCGCCUGAUCCGGGACAUCCCCUGCCGCACGGUCACACCAGAUGCCAGCGUGUACAGUGACAUCGUCGGCAAGAUAGUGGGCAAGCACAGCAGUGGCAGCCUGCCCUUGCCCGAGUUUGUGGACAACACGCAGGUGCCCAGCUACUGCCUGAACAGACGGGGCGAGGGUGCCGUGCGUAAGAUCCUGCUGUGCAUCGCCAACCAGUUCCCUGAUGUCUCCUUCUGCCCCGCGCUGCCUGCGGUCGUGGCCCUGCUGCUCCACUACAGCAUCGACGAGGCCGAGUGCUUCGAAAAGGCCUGCCGCAUCCUGGCCUGCAACGACCCCAGCAAGAAGCUAAUCGACCAGAGCUUCCUGGCCUUUGAGUCUUCCUGCAUGACGUUCGGGGACCUGGUGAACAAGUACUGCCAGGCAGCCCACAAGCUGAUGGUGGCCAUUUCAGAGGACGUCCUGCAGGUCUAUGCGGACUGGCAGCGCUGGCUGUUUGGGGAGCUGCCCCUCAACUACUUUGCUCGCGUCUUUGACGUCUUCCUGGUGGAAGGUUACAAGGUGUUGUACCGCGUGGCGCUGGCAAUCCUCAAAUUCUUCCACAAGGUGAGAGCUGGGCAGCCGCUGGAGUCAGACAAUGUGAAGCAGGACAUCCGCACCUUUGUCAAGGACAUCGCCAAGACUGUGUCUCCCGAGAAGCUGCUGGAGAAAGCGUUUGCCAUCCGCCUCUUUUCUCGGAAGGAGAUUCAGCUCCUGCAGAUGGCCAAUGAGAAAGCUCUGAAGCAGAAGGGCAUCACCGUCAAGCAGAAGAGGCAGUUUGUGCACCUGGCUGUUCACGCGGAGAACUUCCACUCAGAGAUCGUCGGCGUGAAGGAGAUGAGAGACAUCUGGUCAUGGGUCCCUGAGAGGUUUGCCCUCUGCCAGCCCCUCCUGCUCUUCUCUUCACUGCAGCACGGGUACAGCCUGACCAGGUUCUAUUUCCAGUGUGAAGGACAUGAGCCCACCCUCCUGCUCAUCAAGACCACGCAAAAGGAGGUGUGUGGAGCUUACCUGUCAACAGACUGGAGUGAGAGAAACAAGUCUGGAGGCAAGCUGGGCUUCUUUGGGACCGGAGAAUGCUUUGUGUUUAGGCUGCAGCCCGAGGUCCAGCGCUACGAGUGGGUGGUCAUCAAACACCCGGAGCUGACCAAGCCUGUGUCCUUGGAGUCUACCACCAUUCUGUCCUUGCCCUGCCACUCUGUGUCCUCAGACCCUGCUGACCGCCUCUCGCCGUUCCUGGCUGCUCGACACUUCAACCUGCCCUCCAAGACGGAGUCCUUGUUCAUGGCCGGGGGCAACGACUGCCUCAUCAUAGGUGGAGGUGGCGGCCAGGCACUCUACAUUGACGGGGACCUGAACCGGGGCCGCACGGGCCACUGCGACACUUUCAACAACCAGCCGCUCUGCUCUGAGAACUUCCUCAUUGCUGCCGUGGAGGCCUGGGGCUUCCAAGACCCUGACACCCAGUGACAGGCAUGAUCUAACGGUGACCGAGCUGCUGUUGUAGGGUGGGGUGGUGGCUGGGCCCCUUCUUCAGGGAGGAGGCAGUGAAUGAAGACCGCCCCCGCACCCCCCACGUGCGUGGGCACCAUCAGGAUGCAGCUGGGCUCUGGUGCUGGGCUGGGCAGUGGUACCAGGACCUCAGCUGGCCAGGCCUGUCCCUCCUGGCCCUUCUCAGACCUGCCCAUACUUGCUACUGUCUCCACCUCGGACUCAGGCCCUGGCUGUCCUCUGUGCAGGCAUCCUGUGCCCAAGACUGGAGGGGUUAAGUCUUGCAGCCCCUGAGCCUUGGUUCUGUGGGGUGAGAGGGGUGGGGGAGAUGAGACUGGAAAGGCAGAGGGAGCCUGCCCCUCGAGUGUGGGUCCAUGGCACCCCCUGCUGGUGCCUCUGAGCAUGGUUCCCAAGCAGACCCUGCGGCCUCCUGCCGGGCCUGCUGCUGAUGGUUCCCUAGGGGUGUGUCGGUCUUGGGAAGACAACAGGCAUCCUGGGGACUAUUCCUUAGCAGGAGCAUCUGCCUGAAACUUCUGACUCAGUUACCUCCUCCCCAUACUGGCCUUCUGGGGGUGCCUCUCAGACAGGAACAGCAGGGUGAAGGCAGGGAGGGCAGGCUGUGUGCAGGGCUCUGGGCCCCUCCCGAGGGAGGGCCGAGGGCCAGUAGGAUGAAGGGCUGCAGGGGACAGUACGUGUCCUUGUGUUUCCACAGAGCCUGAUGCUUCUGCUGGGCCUCAGUGUGUAGUCACACCUAAAGAGGCCGCCCAGGGAGGGGCCCUCCGUGACUGACCCCAAGCCAGCCAACAUUUCCAGGGGCCUGCCUGGAGAAGCCUGGACCCCUGGAACCUUUUUCAGCCUUCCUCCUCUCCAGCUCGGGCCCUCCUUAGCUCCACUGCAGUCCUUGUGGCGGUCCCAUUUCACUGCAGUGACGUGGCCCAGGAUCCUGUCCAGAUCCCUCAGCACAGCAUGCUGGCCUCAUCCAGCCCUACCCACCUCACCUUCAUUGUGCUCCAUACGCCCUCCCCAGCUCCCUGCCCCCGAGGCACCUUCUUGACGCACCCCUCUGCAUGGCACGAGUUCUCCCUCUGCGUCUCUCAGGGCUGUGUGAGCCCUGCAGGGAGUGGCCUUCCCACCCCAUGACCUCCCUCAGCUGGUCCUGAGGGCCUGGGCACACCCCUGAGGAAAGAGAGGACAAGUGGACACCCAAGGGGCUGUGCCGAGGCCAUGGCAGCCUGGGCCACAGAUGCCAGGGGGUCCUGCCUCUCCAUGUCCCCACAAGCCACGUCUCUGUCCUCCACAUCUUGCUUGCUCUUCCUGUGGGGUGCUCAUCCUCCCCUGCCCACCUACUCAGAUCCCCCCUGAGCCAGGCCAAAGUGAUACAGAAGGAAGGACCGGGAACCCUGUGUGGCUUUGGGCAAGCUGGUGAACCUGUCUGGAACUUAGUUUCCCCAACUGUAAAAUGGGGCCAGUCAUCCUGCUGUGCUGUCCCCACAGGUCUGCUGAGAGGCUCUGAGGGGCCAGUGUGAAUCCCUGUAGAAGGGAGAGGUGUUGGGAGGUGGUGUCACAGCUUACCCCCGCAACCAGACCCUGCAGUCCUCGCUGCCCGCUGUCCUCGAGCCCCCGCAGCCCUCACCUGUACUUUGGUGUUCAUUAAACACGGUCUCGUGACAUGAACUCCAGGGAUCCCGAGUCUGGUUUCUUCAAUUAGGGGGACCUCCCGGGGCUACCCGCCCCUGGGCAUGCCACCGAACAGGGUGCAGCCUCCUGCUUGUCAGUGUUCUAUCAUGGGAACAUUGAAGGCCUUUUAAAAGCACAGCCUUUCAGAAGCAGCUGAAGGCAUACCUGAGCACUAUUUGCAUGGCCUCCUCUGUAAACUUCCUGAACUGCGGUGUUCUUUUCCUGGUGAGUAAGUCCAGAGGGUUCUCUGUGGCUGCCCCAAGGGCCCCCAGAGGUCUGGCCCAGGGAGGGUGACUGCUGAUUAGUCACGAUUUCUGUAUCAUGAGAUCUUCAUGUGUGCAUGCAAAAUAUUCAGUUUCUUUGAAUUUCACAUCUCCCUAACUUUUCUGCCCAACUAAAAGGUAUGUGGUUAUUUUAAUUUUUUUCUUAUUAUUGUCCUUAUUAUCUGAUAUUUGGUGUUAAUAUUCUCUAUUAUUUCUUCCUGAUUAUUACUAGCAUUUUAUGUUAAAAAUUAGCCAAAAUUUUAUGGAUUUGCAUAAUGAAUUAUUUGUUUUUCUAGAAAUAUUUGAAAAUUUAUUUUAAAAACAAAAAAUUAGGGACUUCCCUGCCUGGUGGCACAGUGGUUCAGAAUCCACCUGCCAAGGCAGGGGACAUGGGUUCGAUCCCUGGUCCGGGAAGAUCCCACAUGCCGUGGAGCAACUAAGCCCCUGUGCCUGCUACUAUAGAGCUGAGCCUGCACUAUAGCGCUGCAAGCCACAACUACUGAGCCCGCGAGCCACAACUACUGAAGCCUGCGCGCCUAGGGCCCAUGCUCCGCAACAAGAGAAGCCACCACAAUGAGAAGCCUGUGCACUGCAACGAAGAGUAACCCCUGCUCACCGCAACUGCAAAAAGCCCACGCGCAGCAACAAAGACCCAACGCAGCCAAAAAUUAAUUAAUUUUUUAAAAAUUUAAAAAUAAAAACAAAAAAUUGAACAUAGAUUAAACCAGUUCAUUAUCAAAGUGGACUAUAUGCAUUUAAGGCUUUAGAAAAUCAGUUUUUUAAAAAAAUUUGUAAUACAAGAGUAAGUCAUUUGUAUUUUAUGAGUUUUUCAGUUUUAAUUAUUGAAUUAAAGUAAGUAUUUCAAUUUUUCCUAUUUUUAUAAGUUCCAUGCUUAUUAUUUUUUUCAGGUUUUCAGGGCAACUUGUUUUAGAAAAUUCUGAAGAUUUCACAAGGCCUUCAAAUUUCUUUUAUCUAUUUCCUGAAGCCACAGAGCCUUUAUAACAGUCUCCUUACAUAUUUUAUGUUUAGUAGAUUCAGUUUUUGUCACUUUAUUUUGAAAUAAUUUUAGAUUUACAGAAGAGUUUCACGGAUGGUAUAGAGCUCCCACAACCCCUCCCCACCGUCCCCCAGUGUUAAUAGUGCAUGUUUAUCAAACCUAAGAAAUGACCAUUAGUACAAUGCUGGAAACUAAAACUACAGUCUGUAUUCAGAGUCCCUCAGUUUUUCCGUAGUUGUUUUUGUUCCAGGAAUAGAUUUAAUUUUUAUAACUUUACUUCCCCACAUUUUAAUUAAAUCCUGAAUGUCAUUAAGUUCACAUGACUAACACCGGUCAAAAAAAAAUUGCCAUAAUUAGGCCAUACAGUGACUGUGUCAAAUAUAUAUUCCUAUAUCUCAGCGGUCCUCCGCCAACUGUUGUGUUUGCACGGAGAAGUUGCCAAAUGAGGCAGGAGUGCCGGGCACACCUCACAGGUGCUUCACCCUACGAUGUCAAGUUAGGCAGAAAGAAAAGUGUUUGCAUGUUUAAAAAUAACCUGUUGUAAAAAAAAAAAAGAAUUUAUGAUCUUCGUUAUAUACAUGUCAGACUGUGCUUGAAGUUAGGUGCAGUGUCGUGUGACUCAUGUCUGGAGCUGAAAUGCCUCCUAUGUGUGCAGACCCACUCAUUUCACCCGACCGCGUGGAAGUUAUCAACACCGCACUUGGCGACCAAGGAAGCAAAGUCAGUGGACACACUGUCACACAGACACUGACCCAUGAUGUGACAUGGGACACACCAACUAACAAAAGCUUCCGCCUUAGACCGCUAAAGCCCAGGUGUGGCUGCUCAGUUAGGUUCCCCAUUAGAUGCGCCCCUGGUUGCAGGGAGCCUGCAGGUCUGAUCUUGUCCAGUGAUAUGGUCGGUAACAUGGUGAAGCUAGCUCAAUCCAAGCUAUCCCCGCCCCUGUUUUUAUUUUCACACAAAGAUACAGGAGCAAACCCCUGUUCUAUUUCACCCUGAAGUGCGUUGACUGGCAAAGGACACGUUUUGUCAAAAGUUUACAAGCUAAAGAUCGAAGAGAAGAGCUGUGUGAAUAAUUUUACCUUCUUGUUCUUGUCUAGGAUGGUUAUUGGCUGAAAAAUGGAUUACUGGACUGACACUUUAGAGCAUUUAAAUGAAUGUAAAAAAAAUAUUUUGAGGACCUUUUGGAAAUACGUGUAGUGAGCGAAUGUGUAACUUUGAAGCAAAAUCUAAUUCUGGAAAAAUAAGUGAUUUAGUGAUAUGUUUGGUCAGUGUUAAUUUUGAGUCCUAAAUAAAAUGAAUGAGAACAAAUGGAUCAACAUCACUGUGAAGUAUUUGAUGUGAAAAUGUUUCAGUGGGAUGGGAAUUC